AUGAGUAUCGCUCUGUCAAAGAGGCCCAAUGGGAGUGAGGAUAUGACUCCCGCAGUGAGAAAGUCUUGUGCGAUAAGACUGACGGUCAGACAUUGGCUUUCGCGCGAGCGAUCGUUUCAGCUGAAUCCCUGCUUAAACCUAGAACCCUUGGGCUCUGACUUCGAUUCCCAGAUCGAUUGGAGGAAUGAUCUGGUAGAAUUCAUUUUCAAGCUCCCUCAUGACUAUCCUGAUACACCACAGGAAGUUUUUCGCAAAGUCCAGAAGCUCAUUCAAGGAGGUAAUAUCCUCGGCAUGCGAACAACAUUCACGGGAGAGUUGGAAGUAACCACGGACAAACAUGAGUUGAAACGGAAAAUUCACGCAAGGAACUUGAAGAAAUUCCACAGUCGCGAAUUCAAUCUUCUUGGGAACAGCCUUAACUGGGCUCGGCGGGCGGGAGUUUGCUACUUUGAGUUUGAGGUUGACUGCGGAGGCAAAUUGAUCGUGAUGGUCAAUGAAAAUGAUGCUGAAUACCAGGGCGCUGGAUUAGACCCCGUUAGAGCUCUUCAUCCUCUCUUCCAAAGGCUUGAGGCUAACCAUUGA